AUGCCGCCCACAGAGGUGGAGAGCAGCAAUGACAUUGAUCAGGCACUUGACCGUCUCAAUUCACGCUGGGACUUGAGGCUUCCAAAGCUUCCCAGUGGACAAGCUGAUGCAGCCUAUGACUCCGAAGGCGUGGCUGGCAAAUGCUCCAACCUGAUUAGAUCCCUCUGUUCCAAGACGGAGACGUUUCAUGCGAUUCUGUGUGACUUUGAGGAGAGAGCACGGCAGAUUCACUCUCAAUGGGUCUUCAAACCCUCGCAAGAACCGGGCACUUUGCCAGUGUUACCUGUGACUAAGAGCCUCCUGGCGCGCAAGGUUGGCCUCGUCCCUCUCAGCGACUCUCAGCGAAAUGCGCUUCUAGAAAUCCUGCACGAGAUAUUGAAUGAGAACCAAGAGCUAGCACAACUGUCGCCUUGGUUCUUGGUCGAGUCAGCUUCUACAUCUGCUGCGUCCUUUACGACGGCUCCUAUAACCCUUGUAAGCGAAGCAGUGUGCAGAGGGCAAGAUUGCUUGUCGACUGCGGCACCCGAAGCCUCGAAGAAACCUUGGGGCAAGAAGAACGCGCAAGAUGGGUCGCAUUUGAAGCAGCUUAUAGCACAGUCUUCCAGGCGCUCAAUUGGCUCUCCAUUUGACCUUAGUCGUCGACCUGAAUCUGAGUUUCUGUCGGCUCACAUUCUGCCACAGCAAAACGAGGAACAGCGAAAGCCCUCUGAGAUCCGUCAAUUCAAACCCAUAUCAUCACCUCGUCCAGGAACUCGCAACCUCCAAGUGCCUGACCCCAUCAGCUUUGACACUGCAGUAUCCUCUGCUGUAUGCUCUGUCUUCUCAACCGCCGUCGAAGAUUAUGAAGGGGGGGUGUCAAAUGAUACGUCCCUGAUCACCUCGCAGGCUGAAGGCUCGCCUGACUUGUUCCCAAUGGAAGAUUACAACGAGCUCUUUGAAGAUGAGCAAUUCUCCACCUCUUUCAAUGAAUUGAGUCAGGCUCUAACUCAGUCUGAUCCAACCGAUCUCAGGUCUAACGGGCCUUUUACGAAACAAGCAAUCCUGCCCUUAACAGUACCAUUCUGGUACUGUUGGGAAAUGUAUCGGCUUGCACCUUGGUUUGGCCUGAAACCAAUUGAGCUGUACAAGGAAUUCGAACAGAUCCACAAGAAGCUUCCUGCUUCUUCGGAGGAAUUUUGGCUCAGGAUCAAGGAGUUGUGUCGUGCAAAGGCUUUGCCAGCGCUCCCUCACAAGUCGGAGCUCCCCAGUUGGAUUGUGCAAAACAAUAGCUACACAGAUGAAAAAACAAACAGGGUUGCCCAUUUCACUGCUGCCUUGGACUGGAACGAGGAUUCUUCACGGAGCGUACUCCAACUCCGCCUCAAUGCCAUACAGUUGGUUAAGUCCAGCCGCUUCCACCGAAAGUUUGGUGCUGACAGAUUCAUCGCGCUCGACGGACCUCCAUUCGGACUACCAGACAAAUUACGACGACUGAGCCCCAAAUCGGCUCCCUUGUAUGACAAGGUGAUCGAUUUUCUGGCAUCCAAUUCCCAUUUCAUUGCAGGACGUAGCUGGCGAGCAUGCUUCGUUGAUGAGGUGAAAAGUAAAGCACGGCGCAACAAGGCGCAACCACGGCGUUCAAGAAUCAUCCUCUUUGCGGAGACUGGAUUUGACAUGGUUCCUCGACCUCACUUCAACCUCGGCGCACCAGAUGUCAGGCCUGAAGCCCACCACCGGAAUAUCAUGCGACAAGAACUGAUGCAGUGGCAUAUGCCUCUGAAUGCCAACGCGGACUCGAUGGACCUCAAACUAUUCUCCAGAUGGAGUAUUGGCUUUUCGAGGACGACUCCGACGGUAGAGCUUAAGCGACAUGAGUUCUUGUACAGACCCGAUGAACUUGGUGAUUUGCCUGAUGACGGUUCAAAACGUAAAGUGAUGAAUGACGGCUGUGCGUUAAUGUCGUAUCCCCUCGCCAAAGCCAUUUGGGCAGCGUACGGCGGCGAAGGUGAGCCACCGUCUGCUGUCCAAGGACGUAUCUCAGGCAGCAAAGGUUUGUGGUUGGUGGAUUACGAUAACAUGUACGCCACCGUCAGUGACAGAGGUUAUUGGAUUGAAGUUUCCGAAUCUCAGCUCAAGAUUAAGCCACAUCCGCGCGAACGUGAGGAAGCGGAUGAUGAUGCUAUUUUGCGAACGUUUGAGGUGCUGAAAUACGCCGCCGAGUGCAAGCCGGCACAUUUGAACAUUCAACUUAUCAAUAUCCUGGAAGACAGGGGAGUUCCACGUUCAAUCCUCCAAGAGGCGUUGCAAUCAGAUGUGCAAUCGUUCUCAAUCACCCUCACAGAAGCGAUGAAGGAUCCCAGAUGUCUCCGGCUCUGGAUGCAAGACCAUGCUCCUUCAUCACGACUUGAAACCAAGAAAGCCUUGGGCUCAUUUCCCUCUGCGAGCAAAGAGCAAAUAAAAGUCCUGCUGGAGUCUGGCUUUCAUCCGCAAUCAUGCAGGAAACUCAUCACUAAUGCUUAUCGUCUGCUGAAUGACUACCUGACAAACUACAUGGACAAAAUGUGGAUUCAGAUUCCACAUUCUACUGCCGCCUUCUGUGCGCCGGACCCUUUAGGUGUGCUUGCUCCGGGUGAAGUUUAUCUUGGUUCUUCAAUUCCAAUUACACAUCCCGUUUCAGGGCUGAAAGAAAACACGCUUGAAGGUAUGGAACUGCUCGUGGCUAGAAAUCCUGCGCAUCUGGGGUCCGACAUGCAGAAAUGCACAGCUGUGUACAAACACGAGCUGCGUCACUACAAGAAUGUUAUUCUGUUUUCGCGGCGAGGUGUCCUUCCUCUCGCAUCAUUGUUAUCAGGCGGCGACUAUGAUGGUGACGUUGUGACGUGUAUUUGGGACCCAGAAAUUGUUCGCCAUUUCUGUAACGUUGAUAUGCCACCAAUGCCCAACGAGGUUGAAUGUGGUAUGGUUCAGCGCUCUGAAGCAAUUUCCAAGACGUUCAACGUUGAAUGUCCAGAAGAUCAGUCUUUCGAGGACUAUUUCCGGAAGUGUAUUGCUUUCAAUGCUCGUCCGAGCCUCCUUGGCUCGUGUGCCUCGGAGCAUGAAAAGUUGGUCUAUGCCCUAAGCCAAAAACUAGAACACAAUAAACUACAGCAUUCUGGGGCCGUGAAACUGGCCGCGCUGGCAGGUUUUCUGGUUGAUAGCAACAAGCAGGGUUGGGACCUGACCGAGAAAGAGUGGCAUGGAGUCCGUGUAAGUGCGAGUGGGCCCAGGAGUUUGCCAGAACCUGCCUAUAAAGCCGGAAUUGCUCUCAGAAAACCAGUCGCUCACGCAAACGUGAUCGACUAUCUCAGAUUCGAUGUUGCCGAGAAGUUAAAAGAGCAGGUGCUUCAAGAGUUCACGGCGCUAGAAAAGGACACAAAGGUUCUUAACUACGACAGGGAUCUAAGUCAACGUUGGCUUUACUGGUGGUCUGCUAUAGAAGAGGACAAAGCGGAGAAGAGGCGAGCAGGCCGGUCUCAAAUUAAACAAGACACAUCUCACACAGCAGGGUCUUCACGCCAGCCGAUCAAAGCGCCAAGUGCGGCACAUUUGGACAUACUGACCGACCUAUUGGAGGGCGAGCAAGGUCUGCUUCCGCAGAUCCAGGCUAUAGAAGCCCAAUGGUCGAGACUGGUCCCCAGAUUUGGCAUUGAGCCGACCCCGAACGACACUAAGGACUGGGGAGAAUACAGCCUUGCCGUUGCAACUGUUUAUGAGAAGUUCCGAGCCAUCCAGCCGAAGCGACUUGAUCAUGAGUUGGGGCGUCGCUACGAAGAAGAAAAGGACCGCCCCAUCUCUGAAUGGGCCCUCCUCAGGGCAUCAUGCCUGCAUAGAGUGGUGUGCUCGAAAGGAAAAAGCCCGAGCUGGGUGUGGUACAUUGCCGGACGAGAACUCUGUUAUUUGAAGGCGUUGCAACACACAGGCGAUGUCAGAAUGGUCAUUUCCGAGAUACAUGACCUUUACAAGGUGGAUACGAAGUACGCGAGAGCCUUAAUGGAAGGCUGCCCUGAUGAAGGAGGCGAUCAGGAGAACGCCGUUGACGAAGAGAACCUAUCGGAUGACGAUGUCGACUUGGAGAUCGACUGA